AUGACCUCGGAUUUGGAGGGGCUGAUUGUCAUCCCAGCUGCUUCACACUCGGCUACAAACCACCCCACACUCGGCUGCAGGUCUUGGCACAAUGUAGCCAUCGGGACAACAUCAUCUGCAACAGCAGAGAUGAAAUCCUCUCAGAACGGUCUACACAAGAAGGGUGGUUUCCUCGCAGCAUCUUUUGGAGAUAACAUUACAUUACGGUGCACUUCAUCUGAGGUCGGAGCUAAACUUAACUGGUUCAGGCAAAAAUGGGGCAUGAAACCAGUACUUAUCUCUUCUUACUUUAAGUAUGACCAAAACAGAGAAUUUUAUAAAGAAUUUCGAAGCAACAAUCAUUUCAAGAUGGAUUAUGGCGAUGAUAAAAAUGACUUGUCCAUCAUGAAUGUAAGCAGCUCUGAUUCUGCUGUGUAUCACUGUGUGCGAAGCUUUUUACACCAAAGUGACUUUCAGGAAAGUGUCACUGUGAUUGUAAAGAGUUUGCACCCAACAGCUGAGGUCCGUCAGUCUCCUCAUGAGGAAAUAGAACCAGGACAUUCUGUCAUUUUACAUUGUAGUGUCCAGACUGACAGCUGUGUAGGACAACACCGGGUUCACUGGUUCAAACAGUCUGAAGAGUCUGCAGCAGGACUCCUUUACAGCCAUGGAGGCAGCAGUGAUCAGUGUGAGAGCAACACGGACGGUCCAAACAACCCCUGUGUCUACAACCUCCCCAUACACAACGUGAGCUCACAGCAAACUGGGACCUACUACUGCGCUGUGGCCGCCUGUGGACAAGUCCUGUUUGGGAAUGGGACCCGAGUCAAUAUGAAGGAUGCUGCAGCCACAGGUCACCCUGUUCUCUACACACUGGCUGGAGCUCUGACAUUCACCGUGGUCUUUGUUCUGUUGCUGGCUUUGUCGUUGUACAAUGUGAUGAAGAAAAACAAAAGGCAGAAUAGAGCACCAGAGUGUGAGGACAACGGCUCAUCAUCGACAACUGGAAACACACAGAAUGAACCAGACCACCUCCAUUAUGCUGCUUUGAGCAUCAACAGGAAGCUCAGGAGUCAGAGGAAUAGUGACCCAGUCGACUGUGUGUACUCCAGGAUACAGGUGCUUGGCUAG